AUGGGAAAUGGUAGGUUUGAGAAAAAGUUAUUAUAGAUGAGCAUUAGAAGCUUUAAUAAUCUUUCAAAUUACUAAGUAUACAUUAAAAAAGUAAUUUAGUUCAGUAUCUUUUCAAACCAUACAAGAAUGGAUAAAACAUGCAAGAGAUUUCUCAAAACGUUCCAUUUAAAUAUUUAUUAAAGUCUAUUUAGAAAAGGAGGGUAAUUGUUGUUUUAUAUUUAGAAUUAUAUCAGUUUUAUAAUUUGUUAAAAGAACAAUGUCAAAUAUAUGGAAAUUAAUGCAACUACUGGUUAAAAGCCUAAUGAAACUUUUAUUUAAACAACAAUGAGAAAUUUAGAUAUAUAAGGAGCAAUUGAAGUUAAUAUGAUUAAACCUAAUUUUUUAAUAUAGAAAUAAUAUAUUGUUUAAAAUAUCUAUAAUCAAAAAUAAAAUAAAAUAUGA